AUGGAUUAUGAUUCUCUUUAUUUACUCUUGCCAAAAGAACCCAAGAAAUGGCAAGUGUCUGAUGUUGUUAUUUGGCUCCAAUUUAUUGGACUGGGUUAGAUGGAGGACAAGUUUGGUAUGUUGUUUCCUUGUUCUAUCUUAGUGAAUUGCUCAAUCGAUGGCUCCAUUCUGGAAGAAAUAACGGAGAACGAUUUGGAAGAAGAAUUGGGAAUCAGCUAGAAAAUAAUCAAAAAAAAGUUAAUGAAUUGGAUAUCAACAGGGUUGAAAGAAUAUAGCAUAUACUUAUGUUAAAUUAAGUUAAAUACCAUAAAAAAAUAGCCCAAUGAAGAAUUCACUCUCUAAAAGAAUGUAAAUGCUUGUUAAGAAAAAUAAUGCUAAUCAAUCAUUAAUCAAUAUGAUGAGUUAUAUAGUUCUCAGAACAAAAUGACCAAUUUAAUUGAAAAUCAACUCAUCUUAUAACCUCUAGAGAGUUAAUAAAACAAUUUCUAUUGCGUCAAACAAGCUGGUGCAAAGAUUGGAAGACAUUCAAGCAAUUAAAUUCUUAUUUUGGAAGAAAAUAUUAGUAGAUUUCAUGCUGAGAUUACAUACUAAGAUUCUAAGUUUUAUAUUAGGGAUAUCGGAAGCACCACAGGAACAUAUAUAAAAAUUUAAAAACGAAUGAACCUGUUCCUAGGUAUGUUAAUCGAACUUGGCAGCAAUUUAUUUCAAGUCUCUCAAUUGGAAGAGGUCUCCAAUGGCAUUCACCUUGGACUCCUUGUUCUUGAAGGACCAAACUGCGAAGAACAAAUUAGUUUUCAUCUUAAUCAAGACAAAACUUCAGUCACCUUUGGUAGAAAGGCUAAUGCUGAUAUUGCAUUUCCUGAGGAUCAUCAUCUUUCUAAUUUGCAUGCUAAAUUUUAUUUAGUUGAUGAAAAUGUAACUAUUGAAGAUCAUUCCUCUACUAAUGGAACUUGGUUAAGGUUAUCUGAAGAUGGAAAACCAAGUUAAAAUUACCCACUCACCAUAGAUGAUGAAAUGACUGUCAUCAGGAUUGGAACAGUUAACUAAUACCUUUGUCAAUUAGAUAAAUUCAGUAUAAAUUAUAAUGAAAACAAUUUUUGUACACUAUGUAAUGAAAAUGAACGAGAUGCACUUUGUCUACCUUGUAAGCACAAUUCUACUUGUUUCAAAUGUAGUAAAAAUUUGUAAUUAUGUCCAAUUUGCAAAAUGAAGAUCUCAUAGCAAAUUAGAAUUUACAAAAAUUGA